AGCGCCUUCGUGUUAGCCCAUGCCGCAUGCGUCCCUGUUGCGGUUUCUGAUCGCGCGACGCGUUUUAGAUCCCAGGUGGCCUUUGUGAACCAGAACAAGGUCGGCGCCGCCUGCGACAACCUCCCUGUGGGAGAGGUCCUCUGCUUGGGCGUCGUAGGACAGGACUGCGCGACGACGCACACCGUCGUGUCUGGGGACUUUUGCGCGUCGAUCGCGGGCGCCGCGAGCACGCUGCUCGCCAACAACCCGAACGUCAGCUCGGACUGCAGCAACAUC